CUGAUCGCAGCCGAACUCCAGCGCCGAGACCUCGCCAUUUGGUUGUGCGACGACGAGCUCAUGACAGCGGCCAACGAACAGCCGGUCGACAAAGGAGAGGGUAUGAAACCCGUGGGCUAUUACAUCAGCUCCAGUUACGGCCUCUUCCCGGCUCCUCUGCCCAACAAUUCGCAGCAAAUGAAUCGCGCGGUGAAACUGUUCCACUUCUUGGGCACAUUCAUCGCCAAAGCCCUUCAGGACAACCGUUUGGUUGAUUUGCCGCUCUCUCAGCCACUCCUCAAACUCAUCUCACGGGCCGGCGCUUCCAUUAAGUUGGACUCAAAUAACACUUUCCUCAUUACCGGAAAUAUGGUGGAAGAGGACGAGACGAUCAGUUCGUCGAUUAGUCCCAUCUCUGACGACGACCUUCUGGCUCGAUUUCUGCAACAACUGAAUGAAUUGGUUCAACAGAAGCAGCGGAUCCUAUCGGACACGUCGCUGACGUGGGAGGACCGCAACAAUCAGAUCCGCAACCUCUGCAUACCCUUAGCUCAGGCACAACUGCCCGUACGGCUCGACGAUCUCGGCCUCACAUUCCAGUACUGCCCGCCGUCGCGAGUGUUUGGCUAUUCGGCCGUCGAUCUGAAGCCAAACGGCGAACUCGAAGACGUGACCAUCGAUAACGUGGAGGAAUACGUGGAGCUUAUGAUGGAUUUCAUACUUCACACCGGAAUCAAGAAGCAAAUGGACGCGUUUAGAGAUGGCUUGAAUCAAGUGUUUCCGAUCGAUCGGUUGAGUUCGUUCACACCGGAAGAGGUGCGGCUUAUGCUGUGCGGCGAACAGUCGCCCAAUUGGACGCGUGAAGACAUCAUUAAGUUCACGGAACCCAAACUCGGGUACACUAGAGAGAGUCCCGGUUUUCUGCGUUUUGUGAACGUUUUGGUCGCAAUGAAAGGCGACGAACGCAAGUCAUUCUUACAGUUCGCCACCGGGUGCUCAUCACUACCGCCCGGCGGUCUCGCAAUUCUGAAGCCAAACGGCGAACUCGAAGACGUGACCAUCGAUAACGUGGAGGAAUACGUGGAGCUUAUGAUGGAUUUCAUACUUCACACCGGAAUCAAGAAGCAAAUGGACGCGUUUAGAGAUGGCUUGAAUCAAGUGUUUCCGAUCGAUCGGUUGAGUUCGUUCACUCCGGAAGAGGUGCGGCUUAUGUUGUGCGGCGAACAGUCGCCCAAUUGGACGCGUGAAGACAUCAUUAAGUUCACGGAACCCAAACUCGGGUACACUAGAGAAAGUCCCGGUUUUCUGCGUUUUGUGAACGUUUUGGUCGCAAUGAAAGGCGACGAACGCAAGUCAUUCUUACAGUUCGCCACCGGGUGCUCAUCACUACCGCCCGGCGGUCUCGCAAACCUUCACCCGAGGCUAACCAUUGUGCGCAAAGUGGACGCCAGCGAGCACUCGUAUCCGUCGGUGAAUACGUGCGCCCAUUAUCUCAAACUUCCCGACUAUUCAAAUGAGGAGAUAAUGCGGGAAAAGCUUUUGGCCGCCACUAAAGAGAAAGGCUUUCAUCUCAACUAAACAAUUAUAGGCAACAGUUCUUACAUUAAACUGUAAUUACAAACCAAUCGUUAACUCAAAGCGUUGUUUGACACGAAAGAAACGUUAAUUUCUAGUGGUUUUAGACAUUUUAGUCCAUAUAUUAUACAAAUUAUAUAUUAUUAUUGAAAAAACAAAGAAAAAAACAAUAUAUUAUUGAGUUUUGAAAUAUAUUUAGAGUUAUUAUUAUUAUUAAAUUAAUUAUUGAUUAUAAUUAUUAUUGAUAUGAAUAUAUAAUUAAUUGAUAUUUGAAGUGAAGUCAAGUGUGAUAUUAUUCCCUCGUUUUUAAAGACCUGUUUUUUAAAUCGUUCAUUCAUGUCACUAAUUAUAAUGAGUCCUAUUCUCUGUCCUUUGAAAGCAAUUAUCAUUUGGUGUAUAAUUUGUGAUCAAAUUUUUUGUUGUAAUUAUUUUUGAUUUUGUCGAUCCAUUCAAUUGAAAAGUGCCUUCAAUUGAGUAUAUUUUUGUUGCGAUGAAAAAAACCAAACAGUCAUUUGAAAUACACAACAGAUGUGAUUGUAAUGAGAAAACCCAUUUAAAUUACACUAAAAAAUACUUUAAAAUAUACAUAAAAUGAUUGAAUAGAUCUAUAAUUAUAAUGUCAUUUAUUUUUAUGAUUUAAUUUUUUUGUUAUUCAUUUUAUUUCUGUCUCUCCGGCGUUAAAAGUCCUGAUAUUUUUUCUGUCCCUUUAAUUGCUAUCAAAAUAUGCGUCUAAAAGGAGACUGAAUUUAAUUGUAAUUGAAUUAAUGGUCUGUUUUAUUGCUCUCAAUAUAUAAAUAUAAAAAUAUCUAUUUUUCCGUUUGUUUCGCUAAUCAUAUAAAAUGAUUGAUUAAUUGCUGAACAAAUCAAUUGUUUAUUAUUUUCUAAUUUUAAUUUUGACUCUCAAUUACCAUAUAAUAUAUAAAUGUAACUAUUUUUUCAAAAAUUGAAAAAUGUUUAUCGAAAUGACAAUAAAAAACACAAAUCUAAACAAAUUAUAUCUUAUUCUCUGUAAUGAAUGAAAUAAAAAUAAAAGUUAUAAUUCAUUAUUAAAA